UUUCAGACGCCAGCGCAUUGAGAUCAACAUAUUUUGUACAGAGCGGAGGUAAAGAAGCUUCUUUGGAGGAAAACACGAUUGUAGCUCGUUUUCUACAUCACUGCGAAAGAGAAGAGGCAUCAUUUGUGCAGUAAAAACGUUUUGCUCGUGAGCUAUUGAUCCCGAAAAGUCGAAUCUGUUAAUAUCUUGCCAACUUUACUGAACUCAACAGACAAGGCUUUUUUCGACCUCCCGCUCGACGCGUACAGUCGCGCGCAGCUGUUAACCCACUUUCGUUUUCACAGUUUAGGUUAAAUCCACAGAAAAAUAUCCACAAACGAAUAUUCCGUGAUGGAGCGCGUGAACACAAUCAACAUGACACAUAUGACUGAGAAGAAGAGCCCUUUAUUACAGAAGAAACCGAUCAAGAGAAGCGCCACGAAAGAGAAUAAAUCUGAAAAGAAAAAAGCAUUAAAAAUGGACAAGUGCUUCAAAAGGAGACGUAUCGAAAAUGGCAACAGCAUUCAACCACAAUUUGGAAACGUGGCACUUCAACGGCAUAACAACAUUCCACAGCAUAAUAAUAAUAAUAGCUCUACAUCACAACCAUCAAUUCAAAAUUCAGACCAGUAUCUUCAGGACUUCAGAAUUGACCAGAAGAACGGUGGCACUGUAGUUGCUCCAAACAUAUUAGGAUCCAAAAUAGCUGGUGAUCUUAAAGUGCAUGUACAUAAUGUGGUGUCUCACCCUACCUCAAUAAACAAAGAUGAAAUUUUUCAGAAGGUAAAGAAUAAGAUGAAAUCAAGAAUGAUGAAGGACUCUGAGUGGAUUUUCGAGGGAAGGGCACAAGAGUCAGCCUUUCUAAAUAAGAUCUACACACAAUUGUUCAUCGUCAAUAAUAAGUCAGACCCCUUUAAUAGAGAACACGAGAUGUGGCAGAUUGAGACACUAAAUGAUUUAAACACAUCAGGGCAGACAGUCAUAAACUACAAUGAAAUUCUUAAACCACCCCUGGAUAAAAAAAGAUACAUGAAGAUUGUUUUAACAAAAGGAAUUGCCGGAAUCGGGAAAACGGUCACUGUGCAGAAGUUUGUCCAUGACUGGGCAAGCGGAAAAGCCAAUCAGGAGCUAGAGCUUGUUUUUCUCCUCCCAUUCCGAGAGCUGAACUUGCUUGAGGGUGAAAACAAGAGUCUUUUUGAACUGCUUUGUGCCUUUUACUCAGAGUUCAAAGAGGCGCGACCAAUCUCUGACUGGAUCUGUGAUAAAGAAGUUCUCUUCAUCUUAGAUGGUCUGGAUGAAUAUAAAAAAGAAUUGAGCUUUAAAACCAGCAUUUUGUCAGAUUUUAAUGAAAAAACCACAGUGGAUGUCCUCAUAGAAAACCUUCUAAGAGGAAAACUGCUUCCAUCCGCACAUGUGUGGAUCACCAGCCGGCCCGUGGCAGCUGAACAGCUUCCAUCUGAGAUCUUCAGACAGGGAUAUGUCACACAAAUCAGAGGAUUCAUAGAUGAACAAAAGGAGGAGUACUUCACGAGGCAGUUUGAGGAUCCAGAUCUAACCCAAAAAGUCACCUGCCACCUGAAGUCUCACAAGAGUCUGUGGAUAUUGUGCCACAUACCUCUGUUUUGUUGGAUUUCAUCGGAUGUUCUGAAAACCAUCAUUAAAGAUCAAAAUAACAACAGGGACAUGCCCUCAAAUCAGACAGAAAUGUUUAUCAACUAUCUGCUGAUUCAGACUGAGUUGAGCCACAAAAAAUAUCAAAGGAUAAAUGAGUCACAAGAAGAUGUUCUCAUACAGCACAAAGAACUGAUUAAGAAACUGGCAAAGUUGGCAUACUGGAAGCUGAAGGAGCAGAAUGCCAUCUUCAGUAAAGAAGACUUGAGGAAAUGCAGUAUCACACCUGAUGAAGCUCUUCGAUAUCCUGGCAUCAUUAUCUGUGUCUCUGAGUGCAAGUUUGGAUAUAGCAGAACUAAAUUUUUCAGCUUUGUCCAUCUCAAUGUCCAGGAAUUCUUUGCAGCCUUGUUUGCAUUUCAUGAAUUUCUAUUGACUAAAGCAAAAAGGGAGCAAAAUUCGAAUUUGUCGGAUUUUCUCAAAAGCGUGAUUGAUGUUGCAGUGGAAAGCACAAAUGAACACUUGGAUCUUUUUAUCAGUUUUCUCUUCGGAAUUUCUUGUGAUUCCAGCAGACGUCUACUCGAAGGACUCCUGCCUAGAUUGCAAGACAGUAGUUCAGAAGAUCACAAAAAUGUGACUAAGCAUAUUAAGUUGUUGAGGAGAAAAGUUCUGUCCCCUGAGAGAUGCUUUAGUCUUGUUCGCUGCAUCAUGGAGCUCAAGGACAGGUCUUUUUUGCAAAUGCCAAAUCUCAAGCAAACACGGACCAAAAAGCCCCUCACACUGUUCCAGUGCACGCUUCUGGCUUUCCAGUUUGUGAUGUCGGAUACAGACCAUGAUGAGUUUGUCCUCAGAAAAUUCAAUAUGACUUUGGAAGGAUUUCAGAGAUUCUCUCCAGCCAUCACAUGCUUCAGAAAGGCCAUGCUCAAAGGAAGUGGCUUUACAGAGAAACACUGUGAUAUCCUGAUGCCUUUCUUGACCUCACCAAACUCUCACCUGACUCAUCUUGAUCUGAGCCACAACAGUCUUGGACUGUCUGCACUGGAGCAACUUGCAAGAGCCUUCCGUGAUCCCAAAUGCCAGAUUCAGAUGCUGAACCUCAGCCACAACAACCUACACAGUCAGGACAUGAAGCUCAUCAAGGAUGUGCUUUCAGGACGAAAUGUGAAUCUGAAAAUCCUGGAUCUCAGUGACAAUCGUCUAGAAGAUGAAGGAGUGAAAAUCCUCUCAGCUGGGCUGCGGAGUGCUAAGUGUCAUCUUGAAGUUCUGAAACUUUCAGGUUGCCAAAUUAAAGAAGGAGCUCUGAAGUUACUGUCACCGUUGAAAGGCAGUCUGACAGAGCUGGACCUGCAGUAUAAUGACCUUGGAAACACCACGAAAAAGAAAGUUCAUCAACUGAAGGUUAAGCUGCCCUCACUGAGAAUUUACACUGGAGGAGUCUGCAGUCACCAACCAGGACUAUGCAAUUAUGCUGUCACGCUCACAUUUGACCCUCGGACGGCAAACGAAUACCUCUAUCUGAACGAGAACAACACAGUAGCUGUUCGCAAGAAGGAGAAGCAACAGCUUCCUGCUAAUAAUGAAAGAUUUGACAAGUGCAACCAGGUCCUGUGCUGCGAGCCGCUGACAGGACGCUGCUUCUUUACGGCGGAUGUGAUCGGGACAGGUGUGCACAUAGGUGUGGCCUGUAAGGGAAUCAAGAGGAAGGGUGCGAAUGACGCCGUACGUCUGGGACGCAAUAAGAUGUCGUGGUGUUUAUGCUGCUCUAAAAAUUUAAGUGUGACUCAUGACAAAAAAACUGAAUCACUAACUAAACCACUUCAAACAGAGUCUACCAGAAAAAUCGGUGUGUUCCUGGACCGUGAAGCUGGUUCUGUUUUCUUCUACAGGAUGAGCCCAAAGCCUGAACUCUUGUACAUGUUUGAUGCAGAAUUCCCUCAGGACCAGGAACUUUAUGCUGCGUUCAGUAUUCAGGAACCAGACAGCUCAGUCUGUUUAAGGCAAGCAUCAUUCGUUACAGUUACUGUUUGUGCUCCAGACAUGAAUGAUGCCUCAAAUUAGGAGAGCUUUGCUAUUACUGUUUAAGUGAUCAGACUUACGAUAUUCACCUGGCAGACCUACUGAAAGCCACCAGCUAGUAAAACCACCUAGAAGACCAGCAAGUGUUGAAAUAGCACUAUGUCAUUCUGUUAAAUUUCAGUAAAAAUGUCUUUAGUUUUGUAUGUCUCAGUGUAACUUGUUUCAUUUAAUCAAAAAUAAACAUGCAUUAAUUGGAUCUGAAGCAAUUUCUAUGUACUGGACUGGUUAUUUAAAUCUGUUUUAGUAUACUGUUAGCAGUAUACUCUCACUUAAAGGGAUUGUUUAUAUUAAUUUCAUCCCAAACCUGUAUGACUGACUUUCUUCUGUGGAACAAUAAAAGAAGAUACUUUGAGAAAUGUAACAGGGAUUUUUUUUUUCUCGUCCAUACAGUAAGUAAAUAGGGUCCAGUGUUUUUUGGCUUCCAACAUUCUUCAAAGUAUAUAUU